CGGUACAACCUGUAGGCCAGGUGGGGGCGCCAGUGCUGUAACUGGUUCCCCAGCCCGCAGCAGAUCAGUGUAGAGGAAGAUCAGCUAAUCUGCGGACUGAAGGACUCUGUGGUCUCAGGACAGAUCCUGUAGAAAUCUGUAGGAAUGUUUUAGAUCUUCUGCUGAACGUUUCCUCUACAACAUUUGAAAGCUUGAUCAGAUGCCAACCAGGAAGUCGACGCAUCCCUCUGCUGUAAUCUCACUGCUGGAGACUGGAUUACCUGGAUUACCUAUCAGAUGAUGGCGUUCACAGUGAAUGGUCCUCAGGCUCCGCCCACCAUCCAAACUGAUGACCAAACAGCGUCUGAUCAAAGACCAAUCCAGAGUGAGGUCAUCGAUGAUGUCAUCGCGAGGAAGACCAAUCACUGCUCGGUGUGUAACAAGACUUUUACCCAGCAUGGCAGCUUACUGCGCCACCUGCGAAUUCAUACCGGAGAGAAGCCGUACCAGUGCUCAGAGUGUGGGCGGAGCUUCAGCCAAAUCAACAAUCUGCAGCUCCACCUGCGAAUUCAUACCGGAGAGAAACCGUUCGGGUGUUUAUACUGCGGGAACAGAUUCAGAGACCGGAGCACUCUCCGAAAACACGAGAGAAUUCAUACCGGAGAGAGACCGUAUCACUGCGCCGAGUGCGGGAAGAGCUUCAGUAUCCGGAGUACUCUCCAGUCCCACCAGCGAAUUCAUACCGGAGUAAAACCAUUCCACUGCUCGCACUGUGGGAGGAGCUUCAAUCACCACGGCAAUUUCCUCCUACACCAGAGAAUUCAUACCGGAGAGAAACCGUAUUACUGCUCCGAGUGCGAGAAGAGCUUCAGACAUCUCAACAGCCUGAAGAGCCAUAAAUGCAUCAAAAACGAGGCGGAAACUUUCGCCAUACGUUUAUCAGAAAGCAGCUGUUAAUCGAUUUAUAAAAAUAAUAAAAAAGGUACUUUUAAUUUAAUGUGA